ACAAUUCUGCGCAAAUGUUCUUAAUAAGAUCCGGAGAAGCGUCCGAACAGUAUAUAGUAUACUAGAUUUUCCAUUUUGCUGGCAUUUGACAUCAACCUUCAACAUGAGGUUGAUCAUUCUGCUAUUGAAUCUGACUCUAACAUCUGUUCUCACCCAUGCUUAUAACGAGGAACCUUGCCGAGGACAGGGUGGAUUUUGCCAGCAGGAUAAUUUAUCCUGUUCUGGUGGAACAUACGCAUCCAACUUGUGUCCAACUCAGGCUGGCAAUAUCCGAUGUUGCAAACGGAGUAGUACAGCUUAUAACGAGGAACCUUGCCGAGGACAGGGUGGAUUUUGCCAGCAAGAUAAUUUAUCCUGUUCUGGUGGAACAUAUGCAUCCAACUUGUGCCCAACUCAGGCAAGCAAUGUCCGAUGUUGCAAACGGACUAGUACAACUUGUCCCUCUAUUGUGACAAGAGCGGAUUGGGGAGCGAUAAGUCGGAGUACAAACUACAUGUCCAAUAACGCUCGUUAUGUUAUUGUCCAUCAUACAACCGGAGGAGAAUGCUACUCCCAAUUCGAUUGUGCCAGAAAAGUCCGAGGAUUCCAGGAUUAUCACAUAAACACGAAUAAGUGGAGUGACAUCGGAUACAACUUCUUGAUUGGAAGCGAAGGGUCCAUCUUUGAAGGAAGAGGAUUUAACAGGAAAGGAGCUCAUGCUGGACCCCGAUUCAAUGACAUAUCUUAUGGAAUUGCAUUCAUCGGAGACUUCACCUCCACUUCACCUUCGUCCAAAGCCAUCCAAUCCUACAAUCACUUGGUCGAUUGUUUGGUGACCCGUGGGAAAAUUCCCUCUGACUAUGAAAUGAAAGGUCAUAGGCAAGUGAGAGACACAAGCUGUCCUGGAAACACCCUCUACAAUGCCUUAACUCGAUGGAGGAACUACAGCCCUGGCAGUGCUUGAGUUUGAAAAUGAAUCAAUAAAUUGGUCUCUGCAUUUU